AUGCAAAUUUCGCACCUCUUCACUGCUCUGCUGGCAGUGGGCCUGGUCUCAGCCACACCCAUCGAAGAAAAUCUCAAAUCGUGGAGUGAAGCUGCUCAGGCGGCAAGAAAUGGGGCGACAACCGCAACGCAGCAAUCGACCAUGCAGGAAGAUGGUGCAGUGGGAACGGAGGGAGCGAAGGUUAUCUGCCGGCCAGACCAAAACAAGGCCGAAUUAUGGAUUCAGCGCAAGGCCACUACUGGAGGCAGUCUUACCUCGCCUCAGUGCAAUGGGUACAUGCAGGAGCAGAUCAAUAACUGCGAGAAAGGUGAUUCUGGAGAAAGGAACGGGUGGUACUUCCGGUGA